AUGUGUGACUUCCCUACCUGCAAUCUGUUUCAGGAUGCCAACAGCUCAGGGUCCUCAGCCAUCCCUGCUAUUGUGACUGACGCGCUCGCUAAUGGAGACCAACGAACGCCGUUAGAGACCAGAAGGCAGCUAGAAGCCGCCAGCAGCCCUCUGCCAUUAGACGCAGUUGCCAAAGAGGAGAAGGAUGAGCACAGAGAGGAGAAGGACGGCCAAGGAGCCAAGGAGCAGGAGCAGAAGAACGCCAAGCAGACCCAGGGAGCCAAUAGCGAAAUGGAGAAGAUGCGCUUAGACUUUGAGCUGACCCUUCUGAAGCGCCAGCACGAGGAGAACGACAAGCAGCGGCAACACGAGGAGAAGAUGGAGAACAUACGCCAGCACUUGCCAUGCAGAACACCUGGCCAAGGGGACGAGGAGCAGCUGGGGAGCAAGUUGGACCCCAUCACGGAAAUUGAGCUGGAGAAGAUGCGCAUGGAAUUUGAGCUGGCCAAGCUGAAGCAAAUCUCCGAGGAGAAUGAGCGGCAGCGGCAGCACGAGCGGAAAAUGUACGAGGACAAGGAGAAGCAGCGGCAGCACGAGGAAACCAUGGAGAAGCUGCGCCUGCGGCAAGGAAAUAUCCGAGUGCUGGGCCCGAAGGCGACGGGGAGCAAGGCAGAAGCCGCAGCCGAGUCGUUUUCUGAGACCUUUGGUGAGGUGGGGAAGAUGAGGAUAGAGCUGCAGCUGGCCAUGGAAGUCUACUUGCCAGAUGUGACUGAAAAGAAGCCCCACUCUGAGCCUAGUGGGCAACAGGAAGGCCCGAAGCCUGAACAGCCGCUGGAGAAGAUCCUGGAGGCAGGAAGGCCGCCAGUGCCACCGGAACAGAAGACUGAAGAGGUGACUGAGCACCUGGGUCUGCAGGUGCCCCGCAUUGUGGUGAGUGGAGCAGAGUCGGAGUGGUCAAGCAGCAGAUUGGACUUAGCCAUCGAGACCGAGCUGGAAAAGAGGAGGAUGGAGUUUGAGCUGACGAGGCUCAAAUACGAGCACGAAGAGAACGAGAGGCAGCGGCAGCAUGAGGAGAAGAUGGAGCAGCUGCGUCAGCAGCAGGCGCCACCCAAGGAGGUAAAGGGGAUACCGGGAGGGAAGAAGGGAGGUUGUGGUCAUACCGGGUGGCAAGCCUUUUUCUAGCUCUCUUGUACGCAGAGACCCUUUUGCCUCUUGCCUGCUCUUGUGGGGAGGACUGUAAAAUCCAAAUAAUGUCCUUUGACAAAUACAGGCUCCUCCAGAUGGAUGCUUUAUUGCAGGCGGAUUCCACAACAAGUUAUUGACACAGUGGCAGCUCCCAAGUGAUGGGUUUUAUCCUGCUCUAGUUUGUUUUCUGAUAUUCCCACAAUGCUGCCACUUUAUUUCAGUCUGGAGGGACUAUAGCAUGACAAAAGCCAGACAGAAAUAAAGCAGAACGCUUGCGCUAUAUAAAAAAGUUACGGGACGUGAGCAGGAAGCUGAGGGAUCGGCACUAAUUUGAAAUGAACCAAUGCGACUGCUUGGAAAUUUUUGUAGACGCAAACAGUAUUGAAAGCAGGGUCUGUGUGACCAUCCCAAUAGCAUCAUGAGCACAAAUCAUCACGAAUGUGCAAUAAAAAAAAGACAUCUGGAUGGGUCUCCGGUUAACGCAGCCUUUUCCUCUGGUUUUUACUAUAAUUUGACCUGUAUUUUAUGGCAUUGCUUUUAAAUUUUAAAGAUGUACGCUGCCCUCAGACCUUAUUGGCAAAUGGUAGUAUAUAGUACUGAUUUUAAAAAUUAACUAUAAUCCCACACACACCACAGAAAUGAGAGAAAAUGGGAAGAUGAGAUAAUGAGUGUUGAAGGUAGUUUGAUGGUACUGCCUUCCAAGUUUACAUUUUUCUGUUCCGGGGUAGUUGGGCAACAUUUGGAGGAACCCGGGUUCCUACCCUGCUGUAGGGCUUAUGUUAAAACAUCAAAUACACCAUCAGAUACCUGUGAUCUUAUCAGCACAGGAGUCAUCAUUUUAUGGGUGACAUUCCACUGGGGCUCCUGAAUGUUUCUAGGCUUAUUGCUAUUUCACUGCUGGUCACUGGCCUUGGGCACUGGUGGGUUUAACCCUUGAAUGGAAAUUUGAAAGGGACUAGGUUUGACUCUCUGUCUUCCGAAUCCUGUUCAUGCAACUCUUUUUCUUUCUUCCACAGUCUGAAUGAGGAACCUGUGCCCUGUCUAUUGGCUUCCUUCCUUCCAUAGGCUGGGCUAUCAGCGAAUACACACAGAAUGUCUCUCCCUUAUAACUUUGAACCUCUGCUCUGCAUUGCCUGUAGUAUAUUAUACUUUGAUAAAACACGCUAGACUCUC